AUGCUUUCCGACCCGAACGUGACGGUGCUUGGCCCGGGCCCGGCACAGCGGAAGUUCAACAUUAAUUGUUACUCUUACCAGCAGGAUGCGAUCUUAUCCUUCAACGGGUGGCAGUAUACAUGCUUCUACUCGCUUAUCCAGUGGUAUUCAUCAGACCCCACCGCGGAACCACUCUAUAUCCACCUCGCAAGAAGGCGGCUCCCCCGCGGCGACUGGGAGUUGUUGGUGCUCGAUGACUACCGCCAAACGACGGACGAUGGGCACAACACCGUCCAGAUGGGCAUCUCCCCUGGAGACGGGACCAUUCAUCUCUCAUUUGACCACCACUGUGAUGUCUUGAAGUAUCGUCGUUCCGCCCCAGGAGUCGCCACAGACCCGGAAAAGCAUCAAUGGCGUUCGUCCCUUUUCUCAGGCACCUCUGCUUCCCUUCCUGGGCUACCCGCCUCGGACCCAAGAUUUCAGGAUGUAACAUACCCUCGCUUUGGUACGCUCGGAGACGACAUGUUCUUCUCGUUCCGCGACGGUAAGGCCGGGCUCGGCAAUGACCACUUGUACAGGUACUCAGCCAACGAUCGGCUCUUCACAUUUGUCGGUACCCACUUGACCGGCAUCCAGAGUAACCCAUACGCCCACGGCCUAAACUGGCGCAACGGCCGCCUCCACGUCAGUUGGGUCUACCGCGGCUUUGUGUCCUACCCGGGCUGGGAUGACCCUCUCGAUACCAAGCAUAAGCAGCAGGCCGGGCCGAACGGAGCAGAGAACAACCACGACAUCUGCUAUGCGUACAGCGACGAUUUCGGGUAUACGUGGGCCAACAGCGCCGGUAAGACCAUCGCUCGACUGCGCGAGGGUGAGACCAUCACAAACGACGCGGAGGGGAUCGCCGUCUUCCAGGUCCCCAAAGGCUCGGGCCUCACGAACCAGGAAGCCCAGGCGGUCGACCAGGAAGGGGGGGUCCACGUGUUGAAUAGAGAUACUUUAGAUGGGGGAAAACAUCCGCGGUGGAAACACUAUUACCGGCCGCCCGAUGGCGCAUGGACGCAGCGGCCAAUCCAGCCCAUCCCCGGCAGUGCUCGAGGGCGAUUGGCCAUCAGCAAAACGGGCGAUCUGUACAUUGUGCUCCCUGAUUUCGCCGCAUCCGAGAUGCGUAUCAUGCGUUCAUCCAAAGCGAGCGGGUACUCCAGCUACGACGAGGUGUGGAUGGGCAGCGGACUGACGGGCGAACCGCUGGUGGACUCGGCCAGACUCGAGCACGACAAUGUGCUGUCGGUGAUGGUGAUGAUGGCGGAGGAUGCGAAGGCAUCGCGCAAGAAGCGCAACCUGGCCGUGCUCGAUUUCCAGCUGUGA